GAAAAAUACUAUAUUAUGUUUAUUAUGUAUUUUUAAGUUCAAUUACAUAUUAUUUUUAUUUAGUUUUAUAAGUUUAUUCUGAGAUUUUUUUUAUCCGCUGCUUUGAUUUGAAUUAUCAUUGUCUGUUUUCAGCAUUGAAUGUUUGCCAUUUUGUUACUUUUGUUGGAAACCGCUCUGAGUCUCCUGGGGAGAUAGAGCAGGGUACAAAUAAAGUAUCAUUAUUAUUAUUAUCAACCAUAUCUUGUUUUUUGUUUGUUUUUUUUUAAUCCCUUUUUCACUUUUCAGACUUGGAAGUCCAACUCUUUGACCCCUUCCAAUCCCACAUUAUCUGCUUUAAACUGAAAUAUAUGGCAGUGUGGACUCAGAUAUCCCAGUUCAAAGCAGAUAUUUGUGGGAUUUUGUGCCUUGAUAUUUUGAUAUGGCUGUGUGAAAGAGCCCUUUGUCUCCCAGAGCUCACAUAGUCAAAGGGAGGAAUCGUCUCUACCUAAAUGGAUAUCUCUCCAGACCAUCAAAACUAAUGGUCUGGAGGGAUAUCAAAACAUCAAAACAACAAAAACAUAUUGACAAACUGUAGGCCUGUGACACAUCAUUUUUUUUCUCCACCUUUGCCUGAUGAAGAAACAAUGGAGCUUCAAAAUUGUUUGUGAUGUAUGUUGUGCAUUAAAUAAAGGCAAAGGUUUCCCCUUGACAUUAAGUCUAGUUGAGUCUGCAUCUUGGGGGUAGUGAUCAUUUCCAUUUCUAAGCCGAAGAGCCAACGUUGUCAGUAGACAUGUAGAUAAUGUGGCCAUCAUGACUGCAUGGAGCGCUAUUACCUUCCCGCUGGAGCGCGGUACAUUUGAAGACAGAAACCACAGAAAUAUCACCAGAUGAAGAAACUUCAUUUGAAGUUACUACAGCUGUCACAGAAGUUCAGCAGAGUUCUAAUCAAGUAUCUGGAAAGGAAGAAAAAACAGUUCCAGUAUUUGUUCUUAUUGAUUCACACAAUUUAAUUUUGACCUGCUUGACUGAAAAGCUAUUAAUGGAAGGAAUAACUGAUCCCAAAUACCUGUGGAUGGGACCUCUGGGACUCAUCACUAGAGGAUCAAAAAAAUUUCUUCUGAGUGAAGAUGGUAAUUUGGAGAUUUAUAGCAUUAAAAGCAGUGAUUCCGGGAGGUAUACCUGCAAAGUGAAUUAUCUAUAUAACACCGAACAACUGACUACAGAAAUUCAUUUCAUGGUAUAUGUGUAUCAUAUACCAGAUAAGAGCCUACAUCUGUCAUCUGAAUUCACAGCUGAAAGCUGCAAGACCGAUAAAAUUGCUUCAUAUGAAAAACAUCUCUUAGAGAAAUUGGAGAGUUUAAUUUCCAACCUGAGUUGUGAGAUCAAAGAGUGGAGUACACAAUGCCAUGCUUCUACAGACGCGGUGGAAAAGAUAACAUAUAAGCUUACUUUUCAAUUUGGAGUAUUCCCUUUAAUGCUGACUAUAGCAGAUCUCUGUAGAAGUCCUCCAUGUGAAAACUCUACAAGCAACAUCAGAAAGGCAUAUGAAAAUAUCAAGGAGUUCUUUGAACUACAGAAGACUGACUCCUCUCACAUUGAUCAGUUAUAUUUGAUUCCUGGGACUCUUGCUGCUGUUAAAGUAGACCACUGCAAACCGGGAUUUGGAAAAAAUAUAAAUGCUGGGAGGAAUAAUUCAAUGUGUCCAGGAUGUUGUGUAACAUGCCCGCCAGGUAGAUUCAGUGCAAAGCAUGAUACCAUUUGCAUAUUAUGUCCUGUUGGGUCCUAUAAUGAAAAGUAUGGCCAAGUAGAAUGUGAAAAUUGUCCAGAGGCAAAGAGCAGUGAUGGAAAAGGUGCAAAGACACAAAGAAAAUGUCAUAGAAUUCUACCAAUGUGGAUGGCUUUUUUAAUAUCUUCUGCAGCAACCUCUGUUAUUCUUGUGACAACUUGGAUCAUCAUAACCAAGUGCUGUAAAAAAACAAUAGCUGCCCAGUACAUCAGAGAAGCAGAGUCUGAAGUUAAGAAGAGGUUGCAGGAUUUUGCAAAUAUUGCAAGUGAUGAAGAAAUUCAAGCGCAAAGAAGUAAAUUAAGUCCCGUCAAAUUGGAAAAUGACAAAGCGGCUGACUCAGUAGAAGAAUCAAUGGCAUUAUUAAACAAUGAUGAACUGACAGAACCUUCCACACAUGCUGGUACAAGCUUGUCUCCGGGUCAAGCAGGACAAAGUGAAUUAGAAACUAACAUUGAAUCAUUACCUGCUUUGCCAAACCAAAGGAAUUUUGCUCCGUCCAACCAGCAGAGAUUACUAGCUGACAUAAUUAAGACCAAAAUGCCUUAGGUAGAAAAGCUGAAUAAUUGAUUUGCUUAAUGGUUGCAGUUUGGAGGCAUUCUCUCAGAAUAAUUACUGAAAGUAUUUCUGGUUCAGGGUCAAUUUAGCAGCUAUCAUAGGUUGCUUAAAAGGAGAUAUGCAUUAAAAGUACCAUGCACACAACCUUUCCCCCAGCAAAUUGAGAUUUUUCUGAAGUGCAGACAGUGUAAUUAUUAGGGUGUUUCUCUUUGGAGUUAGACCACCAAGUGAUGCUUCAGAACCAGUAGCUGCUUGUGGACUCAGCAGGAGUGUGUGGAUCUGGACCCCUAACCCUAUAAUGACAGCUAGAAGUGUCCCUUUGCUUAUUUGUAAACUGCCUUCUCUACGGCAAGAAUAUAUGGUCGCAUUAAUCUGUGUAUAUCCAUAGGUUCAUCGUGAAUUGAGUUUAAAGUUUUAAAAAUUAUUUCUCAAAUUUGUAAUCUUAAGCAUUAAACAGGUACCAUAAUAAUGUACUAAGAAUAUUAGGAGUCACAAAUGUUUUGAGUUUAGUUGUCUACUUUGCUGCUUGAUAAAGUGCUGCGUCUCAGAUUAACUGUCAUUCAGCUACUCAAUACUUUUUCUAUUAAAAGUUUAUCAGCCUUUUUCUUCUA